AGCAAUCUUCAUUUCUUUGGUCAUACAUCUUGACGCUUGCUCAGCAAGGUGAUUUGUGAGCUGCUGUGUCUUGUGGUGAAACAAUGUUCAGCUCUACCUUCAAAGCUGAUCGCCUUCGGGUUAACCUGCAACUGGUUAUCAAUCGCCUAAAACUCCUGGAAAAAAAGAAAACUGAGCAGGCCCAGAAAGCAAGAAAGGAGGUUGCAGACUAUCUGGCUGCUGGGAAGGAUGAGCGAGCUCGGAUCUAUGUGGAGCACGUUAUCCAGGAAGACUACCUCGUGGAGGCCAUGGAGAUUUUGGAGCUGUACUGUGACCUACUGCUGUCUCGGUUUAGCUUGAUUCAGUCCACAAAGGAACUAGAUUCUGGUCUGGCUGAAUCCAUGUCUACACUAAUCUGGGCAGCUCCUCGAUUGCAGUCACAGGUGCCUGAGUUGAAAAUAGUAUCUAAUCAGCUAUGUGCAAAAUACAGCCAAGAAUAUGGUCAACUGUGUCGAACCAAUGAGAUUGGAACUGUCAGCUCUCGGCUAAUGUGUAAAUUGAAUGUGAACACUCUACCCCAGGUUCUAGUGGAACAAUACCUUACAGAAAUUGCUAAGAACUAUGAUGUGCCCUAUAAAUCUAAGGCAACCGUUAUGGCUGAAGUCCCAGCAGACCUGGUCAGUACCGGAUUUACCGAGGAUGUCAAGAAAGAUGCCCUCGGCAGAGGAGGUGGUACUGUAGUGGGAACUGGUCAUCCAUGUGGGGCAUCACCAGUAUCUACACUAGGGCCCUUAACUGUGCCAUCUGCAGUCCCUUGUUUCCCAUCACUUCCUCCUGAAAGACAGGUCAGUAUGAAUGGGAGAACUGAAUCUGGAAUGGGACUACGGGUAGUGUCAGAAUAUAUUUCUCAUUGGGCGUUUCGAAUAGUAAAAUGA